ACGGUGGUAGAGGGAAGUGGACCCAACUAAGCGAAAAAGGUUCGCUUGCCUCGGUUUUAGCAGCGACUUUUUGGUCGCCGUCUUUGCUGCCGUCCCGCCUUGGCUUCUAGCUCUCUGCUCUCCGAUUAGAUGUCUCCAGUUCCCACGCCCCUGCCCUUCUCUCUCUCUCUCUCUCUCUUCUACGUAACGGCAACCGCGAGCGACUCUCUCUGCCUCUCCCUCAUUUCGCUCUGCAACGCUGCACGAGCCAAGCUUCUCGGCGGAUUAAAUUAAACCCAAUGGAUUUGUGUUUCCCCGUUUUGCCCCGAACAGUCAACUAGAUGAGCGGUGGCUGCACCCGGAGACGGCUUUUGUGGCUUGGCAAAAACUGGCUGAAUUGAGUUCUGUUGCUGCUCGGAGAGGAUAACCCACCACUGAAACAGCUUAAACCACAAGUUUAACGGAUACAAGAGGAAUUUCAGAUGGCGUUUUCUUAUGUUGCUAAGGUAGGCAAAAUAGGGCUUCAUAUACCAUGGCAUUUUCUUCAUUUUUUGGUCUCCAUCUGGUUCCUUGCUUAUGGUGUGGCUCGGGUUAUAAGGAGCUAUCUUAUCUCUCUUGGAUUGUUGAGGUGGUACGACAACCUUAAUAUGAACAACUUGAGGUACCUAGCCAUUGUGGUAGAAAGUGAAGAAGCUCGCAAGACAUCAAGAGUUAUUAAGCUUUUGCAGUGGCUUGCUGCCAUGGGGGUUAAGCAUGUUGCCCUGUAUGACAUGGAAGGAGUGCUAAAGAAAUCGAAGACAACUAUCUUGGAGAAGGUUAAUGCAAUACCAUGGGAGGAAGCCUGUGAAGAUGAGUCUCUUCGUGAUGGAAAGCAUAUGAUUUUGGAAUUCACUUCACUGUCUGAUGGAAAGGAAGCAGUGGCCAAAGCUGCUAACUAUCUUUUUGUAAAAAAUUCAAAAUCACGUAAACUUGAUGGUGAUAAUGGACAGCCAACCUUCACAGAAUCCAAUGUUUCUGAGGCACUGAAAGCCAUUGGUUGUGGAGGGCCAGAAAUUGACUUGUUGCUAAUUUAUGGACCUGUAAGGUGCCAUCUCGGAUUCUCUGCAUGGCGAAUGCGAUACACUGAGAUAGUACACAUGGGACCAUUGGCGUCCAUGAAAUAUGGUUCCCUGAAAAAAGCCAUUCACAAGUUCACCAGGGUGCACCAGAACUACGGUAAAUGAUCCAGGAUGUUUGUCUAGCAUUAGCGAAGGCCAUAAAUAAGUGUUUUCGGCAGGGGUAGCUUGAAUGUUUUUCCAAUCUUAUGGGAUGGAAUUGCUUGACAUUUCUAAUUUCUAAUUUCCUAAAAAUGUCAUCUUGUUUCAUUUUCCUGUACGCCUACUCUGUAUUUGAAACUGGCCAAGUCAUCUGGUCAUCAAGUAUUCUAUUCAAGUCCUGCACUUAUCCCAUCUCCA